AGCAGGCGCUGGGUGUGUGUGUGGAUAGGCUGUGGCUGCCGAUAGCUGCGCCAAUCUCUGCUGUUUUUAAAAAUAGAUAUUCCUAUAUCCAUGUAUUCCUCCUUAUAUCCCUGUAUAUGUCCGUGUAUACAUCCCUAUAUCCUUGUAUAUAUUCCUAUAUUCGUGUAUACAUCCCUAUGUCUAUCUCUUUAGCCUUGUAUAUAUCCUUACAUAUCCCUAUAUUCUUGUAUAUAUCCCUAUAUCCUUAUAUACCUUAUAUAUGUCCCUAUAUUUGUGUAUACAUCCCUAUAUCUAUCUCUCUAUCCUUGCAUAUAUCUUUAUACAUCCCUAUAUUUGUGUAUACAUCCCUAUAUCUAUCCCUAUAUCCACAUAUGUAUCCUUAUACCCUUGUAUAUAUCCCUAUAUCUGUGUAUAUAUCCCUUUGUGUAUACAUCCCUAUAUCCUUAUGUAUAUCCCUAUCCCAAUGCCUAUAUUUUGCUAAUAUAUUAUAUAUGACACAUAUAUACACCCUUCAGUUUCUGUUACGUGCAUUUGAUGCCUAUACAACACCAAAGCAUGCUUUGUAUAGGUGUGCGGUUAUAUACGCAUAUACACGCCGACGUCUCUGCCAUUCCUCCAUACGGUAACGCCCACCUGUGCCUCUCAUACUUGUGCAAAUAUAUACCGCCGUGUGUACACAAGCCGACGUGUCACGAGCGCGUACAGGUGAGGAGGUGCGUGCAGCCACGUAUAGGUGUGACGGGGGCUCGCACACCCCCCGUGCUCGUGGCUGAGCUGUGUUGGGUGGCACCUGAGCUGGGUGCGAGCCCCCUGGGCCAAACGGGGUGCCGGAGGUGCCCGGUGCCUCCUGGUUGUGUCGCCACACGCCCAGGGCUGAUGGCCGGGAAGGAGCCGCUGCUGAGCGCCCUCAGAGGUGAGGUGCUGCAGCUGCGGGAGGACGGGGGGCCCUGCACGGACACCUCACCUCACCUCGCUGCCGUCUGCCAGCUGCUGGAGAGCGUCCUGCGCAAGGGGCUCCGACAGCCAGUGUGGGGCUUCCGGAGACGGGAUUAUUGGCACUGCCUGGAGCAGCUUCCCCAGGGGGACGGUGGCAGGCCGAAUCCUCUCUCCCUCAGCAUCCAAAGAGCCGCGACCUGCUCCAAGGCGCUGACAGCGCAGGGCCGUGGCCGCUGCUUCCUGCGUUCGGCGCUGCAGGGGAAGGUGCUGGCGGCAGCCCUGCGGCAGCUGGCGCACAGCCCCCGGCUCCUGGAGUUCUAUGACCCAGCGAGCUCCAUCCUCGGCAAUGAAGUCCUCCUGGAGCCUUUCCUCUCGCUGGUGCUGGUGGUGACAGAGAUGGAUUUCUCCCUGGAUCUGCAGAACUGCAGCUUCUUGGACGAGAGCUGGCUGCUGCCGGUGUGCAUCACUUAUGAGACGGUCCCGUGCCGAGUGCUGGGGAUGGUGAUCAGGUACGUGGACGGCCGAGUCUUUGUCACCGAGGUGCUCCCCGAGAGCCAGGCGGAGGUGGACAAGGUGGUGCUGGCCGGUGAUGUCCUGGACGAGAUCAACGGCUGCUCGCUGCGCAAUGCCUCCAGCGGGCAGGUGGGCGGCACAGAGGGCUGGCGCAUCCUCCCCUCUCCCUCCCCUGCCCGUCCUCCCUCUGCUCCCCUCCAUCCUCCCCUGCAGGCCGGGGCGAUGGUGCAGAAGCUGAAGGGACAGCCGCUGAGCUUCCGCGUGCUGCGGUGGCGGUGGCACGAUGGAGAGGUCUACGAGCCCCUGCUGCCCUACCUGAAGGUCCUGAAGGAGAAAGAGCCCCGCUUCCAGCUCCAGCGCCGCCCCCGGCGCCGGGCCGAGAGGGAGACGAGGAAGGUGCAGGGGGGCAGGCUGCUCUACAACCUGCGGUACCUGGGCCGGAGCGGCGUUGGGACGUUUGGUGGCAAGGAGGUGCUGGAGUGGGCCAUCCCCACCGUGCUGGAGCAGCACUCAGCACCACGGGAGGUUUUAUUUGAUGUAAAGGAAACGGAAAUCCUCGUACAAGAGAAGGCUUCCUCCAAGGUCCUGUUCCGCUACGUCUACCCCGAGGUCUCCUGCGUGGGACGCCGCCGGGAGAGCAGCCAUUUAUUCGCCUUCUGCGUCGUCUCGUCCCCGGAGAGCCCCGAAGGGAACACGUUUGACUGUCUAGUGUUUGCAUCGGGUUCUGAGCAAGAAUGCGAGGAAAUCAUCAAGAGAAUUGGUAAGGGAACACUUUAUUUCUUCAGAUAUAAUUACAGUAAAAUGUGGAGUACCAAGAAUUGCUAUUCCAUGCCACCACAUGCAAGAUCUAACAAUUGCUUUUGUUGAGAUUACUAAGAUGAAUAGAUACUUCGAUAGGUGUGUUUUUUUUUCCUUUAGAACUGCUUGACAAUUAUUUUAAGAAACAGCUUCUAGGCAUACCCAGAUGUUUCAUUGUUUCCACUAAGCACUUGGAGGAAACUUUGUUUUCUAGGGAUGUUAUUUUACAACAUGCUUUUCCUCUAGGAGCCCAGCCUGCUACUGCAAUUUAACACCAGAUCAAGUGUUAAUAAAUCCCAUCACUUGCAGUUCCUAUUUUUAACCAGCCUAUGUACAAGCUUCCCAAGUUAGGUGGCUCCUGGGCCACCACUGACCCCUGGUUUCUUGUGGGACAUCCUUGCUUGGUGUCCCCUUGGAGGGCUGUGCCCGGCAGGAGGCACCUGCCCCAUGUCUGUGUGGGAUCUGCAGCCCAGCUCCCUCCCCGUGCUGUUACCCUAAAACCUGAAGGCAGCUCCUGAGGCAGUCAGCUGAAGGUGCUGAGAUGGUAACGGUCCCCUCUGUUCAGCUUCCAGCCAGCCCUUGAAAACAAUUAAGUUCACAAUUUAGGUGCGAUGAAUUCUUUUUCCCUCCUGGUUUAGCAGUGAGGAAAAGUGUUGUUUAAAAUCUAACCUUAGGUCGCUUAAAAUCGUAUUUUUAGCAGCUCUGUGGCAGUUACAAUAACGAUCCUAACCAGGGGCCGCGUUUGUUCCAAGUACAUUUGGAGCAGAUAGGAAAGGGUGUUGAGGAAGUUGUGUAAGAGCCCAUGGUAAUGAGCACUUGUUCCUCCAGCUGCAGGAUUUAAACACACCGAGUGGUUUGUCUGAUAAGGGCUGCCCUGGCUUGAGCCCUGUGCUCCCCCCUGCUCUGCUGACCCAGCUCAGACUUAGCCCAAAACUCAGCCCCCCAGGCAGCACCCCCUUGGGUGAGACUCGGGGUCCAGCUCCCGUGCCUGGGGUUGGAGCGGUAUUUUUGUACUUUCAGGACGUUGUUGGAGGAGGAAGUGCUGUAAACGCAUCCGGUCUUAAAACAAUUGCAUGCGAGACCAGUGUUGACUUACUGCCUCCUCUUUUGUAUAAACAACUCCUUUUCUUCCUCCCCAACUGCCUUUCUCUGUGGAUUUUUUUUAUUGAAAUAAAUCAAGAUGGACUAGCUUAAGCUACUUCCUCGUGCAACUUCUGUCUCAACUUCAGCCUUACCAGCAUAUCCUGUUCUUUAAGAAGCGAGGAUAGCCGGUCUAGCAAUUCCCAUUUAAAUGUUAAUUACCUGUUUCAGAUGUAGUCUGAGCAGCUUUUCCGUACCACAGCUUAAUAAGGCCUGGCUGUUCCCAGCAACACUACUAAGAAAACCAGAACUGUGUUAGCAGGAAGCCUGGAGGAACAGGCUGAAGUGCAGGUUUGUGUCUAAUCCUGUUUCAUCAAAAAAGCUUAGCUGGGAAAUGAGGAUCUUACUGAGAGCCUAGCAGCCCUCUCCAGUUUGCUAGGCAGCCCAUCUGCACCCAGGUUGUCUAAUUAGUUCUUACAUUUGCAUACCAUCCUGUGCUGCUACAGCAUGACUACUCUAUUACCUUGGGCUUAGUCAUGGGGCACCAUCACAGGAACAGGGAGAGGCAGAAGCCAGCACCUCAGCCCCACACAGGUGUCCCAGGCUCCAGGACACAGCCCUGUCCCAGCAGGAUAGAGGCUGGGGGUUUCACUGCAGGCAAGCCAGCUGUAACACUUCAACAUGAACUUCCCCUACAGGUACAAAAAGGGAAGAAAAAAAGCUUAGCACUACAGCUGUGCCUUAGCAGCUGCCACCACUAAGCAGUUAUGCUUUAACAAAAUUCCCCCCACAGAAGGCAAGCAGCUGGAGCCUAGCCCAGGCCUGUCCCCCUACCCCUCCUCUGCUCUCUCAGACAGGGCUCCAACUACAGCAAGCCUCCUAAAAACUCAAGGGUGACCAGGGCAAGUUCUCUGGUUGUGUUGACAGCCUAAGUUGCCACAGCAGCAGUCCAGUAUUGCACGCAUCUACUGCUAACAUACUGGAGCCAGAAGUAAGCUUCAAGCCCAUACAAACCAAAUGACAAAGACUCCUCACAUGUGAAUGUAAAACAUUUAAUUUAAAAAUGUUGACACUACAAUAUAUAAAAUAGCUAUUAUAAAUGCACAUAGUGUAUUCUAUAGCUGCCAGGUUUACGUUUUUAGGAAACUGUAAGUUACACUGUGGUUAAGACUUGUAGUUUCACCCUCUGAAAAAGUCCACAUUUGAUCACAGUGAUGUAUGGUCAGACUAACAGCCCCAAUUGUUAAACACUUGGAUCAAGUCAUAACCAGUUUUAUUGCAAAAGGACCCUGUACACAUUUAUAUCAAUUCUAGUACCUUACAAGUUUAGCUACCCAACAAGUCAUUAACAUACAGAAACAUGCAUGAGAAGCAAGAAAGAUCACCCAUCCCUUCUGCAUAUUAGCAACUUGUCACUCCUGAGCAACAAGGCUCACAUCACUGAGGUUUAUGUGAACAGUCACUUUUAGCAUUCAUCCUGAGUGAAAGAUGGAAUGACUUAAGUACAAAUGCAACAUAUUAUAAACAAUUUCUUACAAAAAAGUCACAAAUUAAAACCAAAGUAUUUUACAGAAUUUACUACAAAACACCA